AUGCAAAGAGCUCUCGGUGAAGCAGUUGAACAGGCAUCGAUUGCUCGAGACGAACUGGAAGCCUAUAGACGUGAGAAAGUUUGUGCAAUUUCAGAGCUGGAGAGUCGACUGUCGACUUCACGCGACGAGUGCUCUGCACUACAGGAUCAAUUGUGCCGACUUGAGACAUCGAUGGAAGAGCGUUGCAACACAAUGUUGACGAUAGCUAGUCAAGACUGGGAGUCGCGCGUGAACGAAAUUGUGAGUGAACGUGACACAGCCAUGAAAGAGUUGUUGGAACUGCGUGCUCGGUUGGAUAUGGCAGACGAUGUGGAUGCCAGGUUGGUAAGAGCAGUGUGCAGGAGUGACGUGGGAACUGGAACGUCAGAUGGUCUGAUUGAACGUGAUGUAGCCUUGUCAUCAGGGUUCACUAGUCACCCCAGAGAGACUGUGAGCGUGGGCGUUGGUAAAGAUGCAGAGGACGACGAGUUGAAUUGCAUGGUGGUUGACGGUUGGAGCGACUACUGCUUGGAGUGCAUAGACGACGAGCACAAGUCUAGUGUGUUGGUUGAUCCUGUGACUGGAUUUGUCGACGUGGGUAUUCAGGUGACGGACAGUGUGUGUUGUUUGACUACUGACACAUUGGCAAGUUCAGCAUCUACUGAUCCGUCCACUGUGGACCAGUCGACUUGGAUUCCAGUGGAGACGGUGAGAGAGCAGUUGGCUAGUUCUAGUUUGUGUGAAGAUACUUCGAAUGUGGUUUGUCAGCUGCGCGGAGAGUUGGUGUCUUGUUAUGAAGAGAUAGCCAGACUGUCUAGAUCGGUGGAGGAGAGUGGUAGUUCGUUGAUGGAUGUCCGGGGUUUGUUGGCUGUGAAAGAGAGUGAAUUAGCGGAUCUGAAAGAAGAGAAGCGUAAUUUGCGAGACGAAGUGAGCGAAUGGAAGGCGACUGUGGAGGCCGAACGACGCGAUUUGGAGACUUUACGUGCAAAUGUGAGUGUGUUGGAGAGUGAGAAAGCGGUGCCGGCGAUGUGUAUGGAGAGUCGUGCACUGGACACUGCUGUGGUAGAAGAGUGUGUGCAGACGGAGAUGAGCGACGAUGUUUCCGACCUGAUGUCGACGUUGCAGCUCGAGGUUGUUCGUCUACGUGAGGAACACGCGGCUAUGUUGACGGUUCUGGAGAGUUCACAGCGCGAGUUGACGAUGAAACGGGCCGAAUUGCAGGAGUUGGAGUCACGUAUCGUGGUGAACGAGACCACUUUGUCUAUUACUUGUGAGACUGUGACAAAGGUGGCCGAUGUGGUUGUCGGUGAGUCGGCAGAGGUUGAUGAUACUGCCAGAGUCGAGACAGACGUGUUGACUGGCGUUCCUGACAGGGAGGUGGCGGAGACUAUGGCAGACGACUCAGUGCUAGAUAUUGUGCCUGAUCGAAUGGCCAUACAAACUACUGACUUGUGUGUUGAGGGCGUUUCAGACGAGAAGGCGAUCUCACCGAUUCAUGUCAGUAAGAGUUGGGCGAAAGCGACAAGUGAGCAAGACGAAGACAAUGAGGAAGUUGCCCUGUCGAACACAGACACUCUAAGAGCGCGAUUGAAGGAGGCGAUGAGUAGAAUCUGCGAACUUGAGAACGUCAAGGCAGAGCUGAGUGUGCGUCUGCGUGAGCUGGAAGGUGUCAUGGUGUGUGAGGACAAACUGAUGGAUGCGAUGCCUCUUGGUGCACGUGUGUCUGACCAGUCGACGAAAUUGACGCAAGAAGUCGACGCAUUGUCGAAGCGGAACGAGGAGCUGAUGGCAGAGGUAGACUUGUUACGAAGCAGUACUUCAGAGCGCAUGACACUGUUGGACAACGUGUGUGUAGAGAUGGAUGAGGUCAGAGGAUCACUGGGUUUCUUGUUGAGGCAGGUGAAGGAUUUGCGUGAAGCACAUGCUGAGGCGAAUGCUGAUCGCGCGGAGAUGGCGAACAGAGUGAGUGAGUAUGAACGAGCUUCACGUCGCUUGUGCGAAACAGUUGGUCGAUCGACGUCACCGGUGCAAGACACUGACUAUGCACAUGAAGGUUUGUUGACUGACCGUUGUACAUCAGACGGGUUGCGGGAGGAUUUGCAGCGUGCAUUGGAUACACAGUCGUUGGAGCUGGAGACGGUCAGUGAGAAAUUGAAAGAGUGUGAGUCACUGAACAAUGCCCUGAUUUGUGAGUGUGAGUCGCUGAAGCGUCGUCUAGAUAGCUAUGCGACUGUGACCACUGACCUGGAGAAUGACGUGACCAAGGCGAAAGCACUGCUGGCGUUUGUGGUUGACCAUGUAAGAGGUCUGCGUUCCGACUAUGGAGAUUGGUGUAGAGAGCACGAAGAACGAGUGCAGGAGUGCUUAGAUGCUGUUACAACAGGGUUGUCUCAUGCUGCAGUUGAACACGUGGACCGUGAGUGUGAAACGAUGACAUGGCCAGAGCCCUUGGAGUCUGCUGUCAUGCUUGAUAGCUUUGUACGACCAGACGAAUGUGAUGAAGUUACGUCGAUGCCAGCAGGACAAGAUUCGGAUUCUGUGGGUGAAAUGAUGAGAUUGUGCGAUACGAACCGUGAGCUGUCUGAGGAGCUCGGCAAGUUCCGAGACCUGUGUGAUAAGCAGGCGUCGGAGAUGGUGUCCAUGCAAAGAGCUCUCGGUGAAGCAGUUGAACAGGCGUCGAUUGCUCGAGACGAACUGGAAGCCUAUAGACGUGAGAAAGUUUGUGCAAUUUCAGAGCUGGAGAGUCGACUGUCGACUUCACGCGACGAGUGCUCUGCACUACAGGAUCAAUUGUGCCGACUUGAGACAUCGAUGGAAGAGCGUUGCAACACAAUGUUGACGAUAGCUAGUCAAGACUGGGAGUCGCGCGUGAACGAAAUUGUGAGUGAACGUGACACAGCCAUGAAAGAAUUGUUGGAACUGCGUGCUCGGUUGGAUAUGGCAGACGAUGUGGAUGCCAGGUUGGUAAGAGCAGUGUGCAGGAGUGACGUGGGCAUCGGAACCUCAGACGGUUUUAGUGGACAUUCUCUGUCCGAUAACGGUUGCCAAUGCUGUCAUCUAUGUAGGAGGCAUGUUUCAGAAAUGAUUCCUACAGUUAUUUCUAUUCCGGAUACCUCUCGUCAUACUUCAUGUUGUCAUUUUGAUAUUCCGAAAUCCUCUCCAGUGUCCACUGAUAUUUCCGCUUUCUGUAAUUCAUGCUCUGAUUCUUCACGUCUUUCAUAUUUACAUACUGAAUUAGCUGAUCUUCGACAAAAACUUUCUAGCAAUAAUUUAACUUUAGCAUUUGCUAUAGAUUUUGUUGACUUAUGUUUUCAAAUUCUUUCUAUAUUUAUCAAUUUACUUUCUAGUUUAAUUUAUUUUUCUAAAACAGAUUUUGAUUAUAAUUUAUCUAAUGAAAUGUUAACUAUAUGGACAGAUUUUCUUAAUUUUACUAAAUUAUCUAAUUUUAUUGAAAUUUUUGGUAAUCAUCAUUCCAAUUGUCUAUUAAGUCUUUCAAAUCUACGUGAUUCAUUAAUGUUACAUGGUUUACCAUCUUGUUUAUUUUGUUUAAAAAGUAGUAGUCACUCCUCUACUGAACAUAGUAUUUUAUGCAAUUUAUGUAAGUUAUGUUAUUCUAACAUUGAAAAUUCUAAUUUAAUACAAAACAAUGAAAUGUUAAGCGUCGAUACACCUCAUGUUGUCAUUAAUCCUCUACCACCACCUAAUGAUAACGAGCCAAUCGUGUCUGAUGAUGAUAACUGCUGCACAUUUACAGCUAAUCGAACCUCUGAGACAUUGGAUUCAUCAAGAAUAAUGAUAUCACAAAAAUCAUUAAUUGAAAAAUCUUCUGCACAUGAACAACUACUAGAGCUUACCAUAGCUAAAUCAGAAAUUAAUCGUUUAUGUCAAUUGUUACAUCAUAUCAGAUUGAAUACAUUUUCUUCUUCUUGUACUGAACAAAAUACACUCCAUGAUCAAGAUGAUUCAUCGAUCGAUAAAAUCAAUCACAGUCUACAGUCGUUUAUCGAUGGAUUAUUCAAAGAAAUUGUUCAAUAUUUGAAUAAAUCAACCUCGUCAUCAUCAUCUGUAUCAUUAUUGAUACAACGUAUUCAUCAAUAUGUUACAUUGAAUAAUGAACUAAUUACUUGUAAUGAAUUGGAUAAUAGUAGUAUUCCGAAUCGUUUUCAACAUGUGCAUAUGUUUCUUAAUCGAUCUACAACUACUACUGAUGAUGAUUACGAACAACUAAUGCAGGAUGAUAAUCAAAUGGAAAUGAAUUUACAAACUUCAUUAGAAACUGAAAGUAGAAUGUGUUUUGAAAAUUUAGCCUUAAUCAAACAAAAUCAAUUGAAUACGAAGAAAAUUAGUGAAUUGACGCAAGAACUUGACUCCUUGAAAUCUUUAUUGAAACAAAGCCGUGAAAGUCAGUCUCUUCCUGAACAACAUUAUGAUUUAUUGAAACCAGCUCUGAGAAAUGAUCAAGAAUUUAUUAUUAAGUCACAUUGGAAUCAAGUAGAAAAUAAUCUUCACCAUGUUGAUGAAUUAACAACAUCGUCGUUAUCAUCAAAAACUUCAACAAGUGUUCUCGAUCAUCAUGAAGAUAAUCGUGAUAAUUUAUUCAUGAAAGAUGACAAUGUUGUUGAACACAAAUUGUGUGAAUUAGAUAAUUCAAUGAGAAAGACUAUAAAUUAUUUGUUUAAACGAAUAGACGAAAUCAAUGUAAAGAUGAAAAUCAUUGAAAAUCAUAUCAAUGAUGAUAAAUUAACCGAGAGAUUAAUGCAUACUAAAGACAAAGAAUGUUUAUCUGAUCGUGAAAAACAAUCAGAUCUUGUUGAACAAUUGAAUUUAUUACAAAAAAGAAAUCAUGAAUGGGAAACAAAUGUUAAUUCAAUGUUCAAUAGUUUAUUUAUGCUUUUGUCUAAAAUUGAUGAUAGUCAUGAUCACACAACACCAAUGUUUGAUACUACUACUACUACUACUACUACUACUACUACUACUACUACUACUAGUAGUCCAUAUUCACCAAAAAUAUCAGAUCCAUGUGAGAUUAUGCCAAAUUUAAAUUCAUUCAUUAAUGAUUUUCAUGAUCGAAUGAUGAGGGUGGGUAUUGCAGAGAAUCAGCUUAAUUCGCUGAAUGUUCGGUUAAAUGAAUUAACCGAAGAACGUGAUAAAUUGAAUUUGGAAAUCAUUCAAUUGAAAGCAUUAAUAAUUGAUAGUAGUCAAGUGAAUCAGAGAGAAAAUACAACAGAUGAUGGUGAUGAUGAUGAUGCGGUUACCGACGACGACACUAUGAUUAUGCCCACUGAAAUAAUCGGAGUAAAUUAUGCUGUAAGUGGAGAUGAUGACGCCGACGCCGAUGACAAUACAGCAAAUCAAAUCGAUUACGAACGAGUUGAACAAUCGUUGACUGAGAAUUGUCCACUAUCAUCUGUCAGUAGUGGAAGUGGAAGUGGUAGUGCAGAUAUUGAAGUGAUCAUGAGAAAAAUUGAAAUGUAUACGAAUCAAUUGAAUUGUAUUCAGAUGAAAUUGAACGAAGCAGAACAAGAGAAAGCGAAACGUUUAAAUCAGAUGAAACAGAACGAAUUACAACAAAUGACACUAUUGGUUGAAGAUAAUGUUACUAAUUUAGAUUAUGCGGAAGAGGAGGCAGUGGAGGCGAAGGAGAAGGAAGAGGGAGAUGAAGAACACGAGAAAGUAGACAAGGAGGAGGAUAUUCACACAUCCGGCCGAAUGUCCUAUCAUGAAGAUACCGAUUGGUAUGAACAACAUUUGUAUACAUUAAUUCAAAAUGCAUUGAAUAGAUUACAUGAAAUCAAUCAAUAUUUUCUUCAGUCAACACAACCUCCUCAAUUAUCUGACUCUAGACAAGAUGAACUGGUGGACUGUUUGACAAAAUUGUUAACUGUUAUUAAUCCAAUAAGCAACAACAAUAAAAACCACAGUCACAGUAUUAUACUUCAACAACAAAUAGAUGAGAAUCAUAUUCCUUGUCAAAUAACAAUUCCAUCGUCAUCAAUGGAAAAACAUCCAGAAAACAUUGCAAACAUGACGAAUACAACAGCAGCCACUACUACUAGUACUAGUACUACUGCUACUAGAGUUACUGAGCUUAUUCAAACAUUUUUCACUACUACCCUCACUAAUACUUGUUGUGGUUCUGUCAACUACAACACCACUGCUACUACUAUUACUAGUAGUAGUAGUAAUAUUGCAUCGAAUUUCAAUUUUACAACGAAUAUCACUUAUCCAAAACGUGCAGAAAAAGCGCCAAUCAAUGAAUUGCUAGAUUCCGUGGAUCAUUUAAGAAAUUUGCAUGAAUUACGUAGUUUAGCUAAAUAUCUAUUGGAUCAAUAUCAUAUUGUUACAUCAGAAUUGGAGCUACAAUCUGAUACGAACUGGUGUUUAAGACAACGUUUGUCCAAUGCCAAUAAUCAAUUAGAUCGAUUAACAAGUUUGUUAAAUAAAAGCAGCCGACAAGGUUUAUCCUCGAUUGAAGAAGGUUUAAGUUUAGCAAUGGAUAAACAUUCAUUAAAUUCAGAACCCAAUGAUGAUGGAACACAUCCCAGAUCACUUCGUACUAUUUAUACUGAUAGUAGUUUACAAGAAAAACAUACAACUAGUAGUCGACGUUUAAAUUUUAUUCGCACGUCAAAUGAACGUUUCGUUAAAAGUAGCCGUUCUUCAACCAUUCACUCAAUCAGUAAUAAAUCGAUAUUAAAAUCAAAAUCAAAGUCAGUCGCAUCAUCAAUGACAUCAAGAAUUAGUGAUCCUGAUUUCUUCAUCAUUAAUGGAAUGUUUGUUCCAACGAAAAUGAUGCAAUCUAUUUCAUCACAAACAAUGAAACACAAGAAAUUAUCCUGUAUACCACGUAAUGCAUUCAGUUGUGGUCCAAUUAUAAAACGAUCAUCAAGUCGUUUUAAUACACGAAAACGUUAUAAAUCGACAUCGUCAUCCUCUUCAUCCUCUUCAUCUAGUGUUAUUGUUUGUUCAAGUCAACAACCAUCAACUGUUGUAACAAUCACAUCACCAAUAAUGACAAGUUCACCUAAACCACCAACAUUAUCCCUAGGUCAUCAUAGUACUACUACUACUAGUAGUAGUAAUCACAGUGCUAUCCUGACAUCUCAUUGGGAUGAAUUUGAUCAAAAUCGAAAAUUAAAUGAUUAUCAUAGAAACUCGUCAACUUUACCAUGUCAUGAAAAACAAGAAGACUAUGAAAAUGAUCGCGGUGGUGAUGUUGAUGAUGAUGGUGAUGAUCAAUUCACUGAGAAUUCACCGUUACUACCAUUAACAACGACAACCACCAGCACAACAACCGCAACAACGACGACCAAACGUUCACCGACAUCUUCAGCAUCGUCUCUUUCUUUAACAAGUGUCAACUCUCAUCGUCACAAUGUGGAAGAUAGUAGUAAUUCAAGUGGUACUACCACUACUACUACUACAUCACAAACUAGACGAACAAAAUUACGUUCACGUUUAAUGAGAAUAUUAAAAUCAAGUUUUAAAAAAUCAUAG